AUGGAGGAGGCUAGAACAGCGGCUACGGUGGCUGGAACCGUGGUUUUAAUAGCGGCUGGAACAAUGGUUGGAACAAAGGCUGGAACAGUGGCUGGAAGGGCUGGGGGCUGUAAGGGACAUCACUCAUCUGGCGAACAUCUUCAAGACAUCAUGAAUACUUUUGUUCUAUUUCUCGCCGUCGUGGCUUGCGUCACUUCUGACAAUAUUCGUGUUAAGAGAGGUUACCUCCACGGUCUCCAUAAUGCCAACGGAGUCUCCAGUGUCUCUCAGGGGUACAGCUACCCUGCACCAGCGAGAUACGCCUCAGCUGCUGUCCCCGCUGUAAGCUACUCCGCUCCGGUCGCAUCAUAUGCCAGUGUUCCUUCACUAUCCCAAUCCUCUUCUGGUCUCUCUUACUCCUCUUCCUCACUCUCUCACUCCUCUCCCGUAGUGUCCUCCGUUCCUUCAUUAUCUCUUGCUCCAGCUGUGUCCUAUGCUAGUCCCGCGGUCUCUUAUUCUUCUCCUAUUUCCUAUGCAUCUCCCUCUCUGUCCCCGGUCUCCUACUCCGCCCCUGCCGUCUCCUAUUCCGCUCCAUCUGCUCAGUCAGUCUCUUACUCUUCUCCUGCUAUCUCUUACCCAGCUCCCGCUGCCCUUCCAGUAUCUUACUCCUUACCUGCUGCCUCUUCAGUGUCCUACUCUGCUCCUGCAGUCUCUUACUCUCCCUCUGCAGUUUCCUAUUCAGCCCCAGUAGCUUCUUCAGUAGCUUACUCUGCUCCUUCUUUAGCAUCCUAUUCCUCUCCUUCAAUCUCUUACUCCGCCCCUGCUGCUUCGUCAGUCUCCUACGCUGCCGCAUCAUCAGGUCUAUAUUCCAAUGGACCAGCUGUAAGCUACAGUAGACCGGCCGUCAGCUACCAGCAGUUGCAGCCAGCGGUGUCUUCUCGCGUGGUCACUGUUAAUAAAGUCGUGAAAGUAAAGAAAGUAGUCACCGUGCCUCAAGUAGUGAAUGUACAAAAAGUCAUCGAAGUACCUCAAGUGGUGUCCUUGAAGAAGGUGGUCUCUGUCCCCAACCAGAGCGGCGGUCGGUACGCGAGCCAGUACGGAGCGGGGACUGGCUACGGGAGCGGGUGGUGA